AUGGUUGACAGCCAGGGAUUUCGCAACGUUGCCGGCCGCACGUACACGGGCCACGACGCCUACGACGCCGGCGUGUCGGUCUGCUACAGCCCGAGAAACAGUAGUAGCGGAGACGGAGACGGGAAGCACCGCGCGUUGGAGGCCGACAGAGGGGGGGCGGAAGGCGGCGGCGCCAAGCCGAAAGGACUUGUCGACGGCAGCGGUAGCGAAGACGAUGAGGACGGCGGGGACGCGGUUGGGGGUGACGUCGGGAGCGAUUGCCAGGAGACGCUGGGGGCCGCGCUGGCAGGGCUCUGCCUGUUCAACCACAUCACCUUGGUUCUUUCACAACAUGUUCAUCUCAAGGUCAAUGAGUCCCCACGUCGCGUACGUCUGACGUCCCUCGCUGGCCCGUUCCUGAUGCUACGUUUUUUUCAUCGUGCUACAACACGGAACACAGGGAAGCUCCUGAAACGUCGGCCCUGUUGUUGCUGGAAACCCUGCCGUGGAUUCGUCCUGACCAGAGCUUUUUCGAGGGCCUUCCGCCGCCAGCGGGGCGCUUUGAAGGUGGUACGUUCGCACGGGACCGAGACGCCGGGACCCAACACCUCCAGGAAGCGAGGCUGGAUCUGCUGCAACCCGACGAUGAUGGACCGGGGAGAGUGCAGUCCAUCACCCAGGAUCUUCGGGACACUGCUUGGGCCGCCAAUCAGGUUGACCAAAAGCUGUACGACGUCGUGUCUGCGAAGAUGUGCUCUCGUCUGAGCGAGCUGGGCUUGCUCGAGCACCCCGCUGUACAUGCCGAGCUGGGCACCAGCCUACUAGGCGAGCGGUGCGCCUCCCGAGAGUGGUACGAAGGCGUUAUCGACAACAUCAACGGUACGAUUAAGAGUUUUCCCCAAGAAAGCCGCGAGCGUUGCCGUCUCUUCCAGCCCCUUCCUCGACCCCCGUCGCCGUUAUAGGCGUUGCCGUUGUG